AGGCUAAUACAUCUCUCUAUAUUCUAUCAACCCUUCUUCUUUCAUUUUUCCCCUCCUGAGAAAAAAAAAAAGAGUAAGCAGAUAAUAUACAACAAUGGCACUGAGAAUGUGGGCUUCUUCUACAGCCAAUGCUCUGAGGCUCUCUUCUUCUUCUUCCUCUUCUAGAUUCGCUCCUGCAUUCUCUCUCUCUAGAACCUUCUCUACUGUGCUGGAGGGGUUCAAAUAUGCCACCUCACAUGAAUGGGUGAAGCACGACGGCUCCAUCGCCACCAUUGGCAUCACUGACCAUGCUCAGGACCAUUUGGGAGAAGUGGUGUUUGUGGAGUUGCCGGAUGGAGGGAAAGCGGUGGAGCAGGCGAGCAGCUUCGGCGCGGUGGAGAGUGUGAAAGCCACCAGUGAUAUCAACUCUCCCAUCUCCGGCGAGGUCGUCGAGGUCAACACCAAGCUUACCGAGUCUCCCGGUUUGAUAAAUUCAAGCCCAUAUGAAGAUGGAUGGAUGAUAAAGGUGAAGCCAAGCAAUCCUUCAGAAUUGGAAUCUUUAAUGGGACCAAAGGAGUACACUAAAUUCUGUGAAGACGAAGAUGCUUCUCACUAAUCAUGUCUUAAUUAUGUGUUUUUUCUUUUUUUAAUCCAAACUUAUGUUCCAUUUUUUUAUGUAUUAGUAAUGUCAAGUUCUGGUUAAUUGAUUUUUAACCACUUGCAUCUCUUAAUUUCGAUGUUAAUUAUGUUGAUAUCA